CGAAAAUUCCGGCAUCUCUGGCGAAAUUGACAAAAGCGUUGCUUUUUUUUGCCGCUGCCUGCUUGGGUGACGCCAUUUUAGUAAGACUGUUUUUGUCGUUUUUUAUUUAAGAGGUGUGACCAGCCGGUCUGCAAAUCAAAUUUUUUUUGUACAUAGUAGAUCAGGGAUAUACAAGCAAUCAUGGGAGUAGAAGUAGAAACUCUUUCACAAGGCGAUGGUCGUACCUUUCCCAAGGUAGGUCAGACAGUCGUCGUACAUUAUACGGGUACUUUACAAAAUGGACAAAAGUUCGAUUCGUCCAGAGAUAGAGGAAAUCCAUUCAAAUUCCGAAUCGGAAGAGGCGAAGUAAUCAAAGGAUGGGAUGAAGGUGUUGCCCAACUCAGCGUAGGACAGAGGGCGAAACUGACUUGCUCUCCCGAUUACGCCUACGGAUCGAGAGGGCAUCCCGGAGUAAUCCCGCCAAACGCAACCCUCAUCUUUGACGUGGAACUGUUAGAGAUCGAAUGAACCAAUCAGAAUAAUCUUUAGUAAGCAAUCGAACCAUAAUUAGUUAUCUUCGGGGUUAUUAUUGCAUUUAGGUCAGUUUUUCGAACAUUUUUUUUACGUUUUUAGUAAUGGUUAAGCAUUCGAUAUUGGAAUAUUUAGACAGUUUGACCGGAGCUUUAUUUUUGUUCAACUGCUCAGUUAUAGGUGUUGUGGUGUUCCAAUAAAAGAUUUCAAGUGUCAACCGCAUA